GGUGGGCGCUUGGCCCGCGCGCACGCCCGGCGGGGCGGGGACCAAGAUGGCGGCGGCAGUGGUGGCAGCGGCGACGCGGGGUGGUGCUGCUGGGGCGGCCGCGUAGAGCCCGGCUCCGCCGCCAGGUCGCCCGGCGGUCCCGGGAAGAUGCACGCGUUCGGGAGCGAAGAAGCGGCCUCGCUGGAGCGGCUGCUGGGUUUCUUCUGCGAGUGCGUGCGGCACGGGGACUGGGAGCUGGCGCAGGCCUGCGUGCCCCGUCUGGGCCAGGGCCGCGGCCGCGACACGGUGGAAGCCGUUCUACAGGCGCUGGUGGCUUGUCCCGCCGCCGCCAGAUGUGGACAGAAUUCUAGCCCGUGGAGAACUGCAUGGCUUUGGCUUCUUGUGCUGGAAAAAUGGCUUACCAGAAAUCAGAAAACUCUUCCAGUUGCUCUUCAGAAAGAAACUGAGUUUUUACUGUUCCUGGAAGAACUACAGAAAGAUGUCUCUGAGGAAGUCCUAAAGGAGCUCUUUGAAGCAUUUGAGUCCACACAGAAGAAGCACGUUGCAGAUGGGAAAAGAGAUGGCUGUUCUCACAGAUUCAGUUUGGAUGUUGUUUCAGCUCUCCGGAAGCUCUUGCUGCGGGCUCCUGAGAGGGCAAAAGCCCUGCUGGAAUUCUUCCAGGCAGACCAAGGCACACACAGCUCCUUGCUCCAGCAAUAUUGUUCUCUACAAAACGUAUUUGUUGAAUUUCUUCAUGACUCCUUGCAAUCUCUGCAACAGCUUCUGUGUAGUCCUGAGAUUUCAGCAGAACUAGAUCAAAAAGAACUAGUAGAUAUGAUUUAUGCUGCUCUUAGUGUAGUGACCUUUGAGAUGGAGCACCAGGCAGAUGAAAUACGGCAACUAUUCAGGGAGCUUUUGGAUGUAUGCUGGGCUGAGGGAAGCCCACUGAGGGAGGAGAAGCUACUAAGCUAUAUGCUGAGGAAACAGAAUCACAGCCUAUUAAGACUUUAUAGCAGUGUUCUUGUGGAAAAAACAAGAGAAAAGUUUCUGAUGUCAAAAUCGAUACGAAAAGGUUCAUCUGAGCAGCUGGAUGCAGAGCGAACUAUGAUGAGUUUGUUCUCAGAUCCCAAAGAGGCUGCUUCCUGGAAGACAGCCUGUUUCUAUUGCUUGAGCAACAGCAAGCACUUUCUGGAACAGAUUCUGGUGGCUGCAUUAACUUUACUGAAACGAGAAGACUACUCAGGCCUGAACAGCUUACUGAGGAGAGAAUUCAGACCCCUUAGCCGCCUCUUGGUAUUGCUAGGAUGGACUCAUUGUCAAAGCUUGGAAUCGGCAAAAGCAUUGCUAUGGACUCUUCACAAAACUCAGGAUCUGUGCAAUGAUUCAGUACUGAAAGAUUUCUGUGAUGGGCUGUGGGCUCAGGUGGAAGUUCUUGAAUGGUGCAUACAGCAAAACAGUGUGACUAUCCCAAGGAAGGUUCUUUUGCAACACUUGCACAGUCUGGAUUGCCACACUGCAGUGUACUCUCUUCAUCAUCUCACUAAUCUUUUGGCUCUGAAUGAAGACGAUGUUAUUGAACUUCUUCAGAAAGUUCCUGCUAGAGACCAACAGAUGCAGGCAGCAAUGCUCCCUAACACCCUGAGUCAGCAACGAAAUCUGGCACUCUUUCGAGCAUUUUGUGCCAUGAAGUAUGCUAUCUAUGCUCUCUGUGUGAAUUCACAUAAGUACUCUAAGUGCAAAGAUUGUGCAUGCAGCCUUCUUGAUGAUGUUCCUGAAGAUGCAACUUUUGGAGAACCAACAGAUUACUCUUCAGUGUUUACUCAGUACCUUGUGAAGUGUGAGGAGUUCUUAAGAAGUCUUCCUGCUCCUCUGCACCUGGAAGUUUUGGAGAACAUCUUCUCCUUGUUCUUUGUUUCCUACAGUGACCUCCAUACUAAGAUUUUUCUGCCUGAGGACUAUGCAGAGGAUGAUGAUCUGGACAAGAAGAGUACUACUGUGAAUGUAGAAGGCAGUGCCAGUUGGCAGUCUUCUACCUCGGAAAGUCCACAGCAUCUAAUAGAUGCUGAAAAGAAAUUAGAGAGACAUCUGCUGACUGCUCAGACAGUUCGCACAAAUACCCAGGAUCUUCAUGACUCAAUGUCAGGUUGCAAAAGCUGUGGAACUUCUAAGCUGAGCUACCUGGAUCUGAAACACUUCACCAGUGGAGUUACUGGGUUUUUAGUGGAUGAUGUGGCCAUGGAUGCCUUCCUCACAUUGCUUCUCAACCAUCUGGAAGAAAUUCAGAGUUCUAUCCCGUGGGACUUGAAUAAUGUGCCUCGUGAAGAGCUGGACCUUGUUGAGUGCUUGAAUCUUUCCACAAGCGGAGAUGCGUUUGGAAGUAGAGUGUUACAGUUUUCCAAAUAUCUCUCUGAAGCUCACUGGCGUUACAAGGUGGUGAUGAGUAACAGAAAUGCAGAACAUCGGCUUGCACCUUCCAGGAGAUACUGCUCUUUAAUCAGGAGCUCCAGCUUUAAGAAACGAAGUAGAUCUCAGAGGUACAGGACAGAUGGGAAAGAGGGAGCUUCCAGUCCAUCAUUAGAAAGUACAAGUAGCGAGCUAAGCACCAGUACCUCAGAGGGAAGUACCAGUAAUGUAUCUGUCUCCAGUGCUUUGGAAAGCAGUGUCAGACCACAUCAGCAAAACACCCUCAUUCCUAUGAUGCUUUCCCCACCAGAAUCGCUUUUAGUUUCUUGUGUUUUGAGAGGAAACUUCUUAGAAGCCCAUCAGGUGGCUUUGAUGUUUAAUCUGGAUACUUCACCUUGCUAUGGUGAAUUGGUUUUCAUGGAGCGCUAUCAAGAGGCAGUACAAGAAAUGGCAAGAGUAGAACACAAUAUUGAGAAUCAAGCAUCGGAUGGCACAGGAGGCAUCAGGAGAUCUGGCAGUGGUCGUUCAACACUGCAAGCUAUUGGGAAUGCAGCAGCAGCUGGUAUGGUAUUUUAUUCCAUCUCGGAUGUUACUGAUAAAUUGCUUGCGACAUCUGGAAAUCUUCCCCCAACUCUCCAUGAAAACUUCUGGAUCGACAACAUCCAGCUAGAGCACACUGAUCCUCUGUGGGAAGUCCUUGAGGACCUCAGUCCCUCAGCAAUGGCGGCAUUUGACCUGGCUUGUACUCAGUGCCGUCUUUGGAAGACAUGCAAACAACUUUUGGAAACAGCAGAAAGACGACUGUACAGCAGCCUUGAAACUCGGGGCCACCGAUCUGAAUUUGUUUUUCUGCACUCUGAAGGUAUAAAGGGUUUUCCAGCAGUUAUCCAGCAAAUAAGUAAAAUUCUCAGCUAUACCUGCACACCACAAGGGCAGUCCAAGCCAGAGGUCUCAGAUGAGAAAAUAGGGAGUCAUUUUCGAUGUAGUAUUAUAGACCUUCUGCAAACUUGCCACCCUGCCUUGACUGAAGAGAGUAUUGCUAAUGAAAUUGUUUUAUCACAAAAUCUGGAUGAAAUCCUAAAAUCAUUGACAUGCAUAGAACGUUCUGUGGAGUCUAAAGGGAGCCUGCUUGGCACCUUGGUGGAGCAGGCCUCUCUCAAACCAGCAGAGCUGGAGAAGCACCUAGUUUGGAAUCAAACACAGCUUCUACUCAGAACUCUUGAUCGACAUAUCCAAACCAUGCCAGAGAGCAACACACAGACAAACUUUGUGAAGGCCUUCUUUGACUACAUCACUACAUUGGCUGCUGUUGUGUUACGAAGCCUGAAUGCAGAGCUAGAUAUGUCUGCAGAAGUGAAAGUGGGAAACCCUUUCGUACUGUUGCAGCAGAGUCCAUCUCAGCUGCUCUCCCAGCUUGUGUUUGAGAGACAGGUUCAUCCUGACAGGCUUUCUUCUCUUCUGGCUAAAGAAGAGCUUAACUUGAAUGUGCAAGAAGUUAUUGUCAGCUGUUGCUGUGAACCAUUGUCAUUGUGCAGUGCAAAGCAGAACAGCCAGGCAAAGUCUUUUCUGAUGAACAUCAGCAGCUUAACACACCAGUGUGCCUCCCGCUGCCUGCCAGAUGUUGAAGUACAUAUUCACAACUCUGCAGCAACCUCUGAGGAUAUCUCUCCUCAGGCCUCACCCUCUGGGAAUAACUUGAGGCAGCACACACUCACUGCCUCCUCCCUGGACUUCCUCAAGUCCCAGUCAAAGCUAAUGGCCACAGUGGCGUGUCUAAGUGCAUCUAAUAUACAGAAAAUUUCCAAAUCGAGUUUAUCUUGGAUGGAAUUUCGGGGCAAACGGGAGGUGCCCUUAGGUUUGGAACAGAUUUCCAGGGAAUGCGAGGCAUUGUUGAAGGAUUUCCCAAUAUUGGAACGGUUUCUUCUUGCUAUGUUUGAGCCACUUCAGAAUCAGCAAGAGGAAGGUAGUAGUUUGGCUGCUGUCUUCUCUGGCAAGACAUACAUACCUCUGGCUCUCUUGAGGCUGCAUUCCACCACAGCUGUUAAGGUAUUAAUGGGAGUCUUUGAACAAGCACUUGCUGCAAAGGAUUGGGACAGAGCUCUGAAAAUCUUGGAUCUCUACAGUCAGGAUGUGGAGGACCUUGUUAGUGUGAAGGAUGCUGUGCUGAGCUGUGCAGCUGCUGAAGAUAAGGAUGGUUGGCAAUACUUGUUCCCAGUAACAAAUGCAACAUUGAGAAGUAGGCUGGCUCUCCACUAUCUGGACAAAUGGCCCCUUGAUGCCUCUUUGGAAAUCCUAGCUUAUUGCAUUUCUGAUUCGAGCAUAACCGAUGAACUAAAAGCCAGUCUACAGAGCAGGAAGAAAGAACUUCAGGUUUAUCAAAAGAUCUUAAAUGUGCAAAAUGAACCACUGUGGAAUGACUGGCAGGAUCUGAAAAAAGCAUGCACUGAUGACCCCCAGACCAUCAUGAAUAUUAUUCUAAAAGCAAAGGAUUAUGAAUUGUGCGAGGAAUGGAGGCACUUGUAUCCUGUCCCAAGAGAAGACUUGAUCAACCUUCACCGUGAACACCUUCUCCACUUACUGGAGAUGGGAGACAUGGAAAAAGCAUUGCAGCUUUUACAAAGAAUAGAAGACCCUGGUAUUUGCCUUGCUAUCAGUGAGCAGUCCCUUGACCAGCAUCUGAACUUGGCAGCCUCUCACUUCUUGGCUGAUUACCUCAUGGCUUACUUCUACAAGAAUCUGACAACAGCACGCCGUAAUGAAGUCCAGGCGCUCUAUAUGGGAUCAAAAGUGCUGCUGACUCUGCCUGAGCAUUCUCGUGUUAACUACUUCCACCUCUCCUCCAGGCCACUGCUCAUGCUGGAGCAGCUCCUCAUGAAUAUGAAGGUGGACUGGGUAGCUGUUGCUGUACAGACACUGCACCAACUCUUAGCUGGACAGGAAAUCGAUUUUACUAUAGAAGACAUUGACAAUUUGCUCUCCAAGUAUGCAGAAAAGGCUCUGAACUUCCCUUUUGCAUUAAAAGACAAAAGAUCAGAUUCUCUGAUACGUAUCCAAGAAAGUCUUAAUCAGGUAUUGGAGUGUGAAGCACUGUCUAAAUCAGGAUCAUCAGAUCUAUCUCCUGUCAGCUUUACUGGUCUCACCAUAUCUGCAAGUCCCAGAGACAGAAGCCUGCAGCAAAAUUUGUUUCCUCACGAAUUUGUGCCUCCUGAGAAGCCACCGCCAAAGCAGCAGUGGAUACCCGAUGAUACUGAAACGAUAUGUAUGGUUUGCAAAACUGAACGUUUUACUAUGUUUAACAGGCGCCAUCACUGCAGGCGCUGUGGCAGGUUGGUGUGCAGCUCUUGCUCCACCAAGAAAAUGGCAGUAGAAGCCGGCAGAGAUAAUCUGUCUCGUGUAUGCGAUCAAUGCUAUAGCUACUACAACAGAGAACAUCUAUCUGGCUUGGUACAAGACACAAGCAGCAGAAAAGAAGAUCAAGACCAAGUGGAAGAAACUUCCAAUAAUGAAUAUUCCACAGUGGUGCGAAUACCCAAGGCACCUGAGCUUGAAUGGAUUUUUUCCCUGAACGAAGAGGAGAAUGAAAUUGUGCGCAGUGAAUUUUAUUAUGAACAGGCUCCCAGCUCUUCCUUGUGUAUUGCCAUCCUUAGUCUGCACAGUGACAGCAUAGUGUGUGGCCACCAACUGAUAGAGCACUGCUGCAAAUUGUCCCAAGGGCUCACCAAUCCUGAGGUGGAUGCUGGUCUCCUUAUGGACAUCAUGAAACAACUGCUCUUCAGUGCCAAAAUGAUGUUUGUAAAAGCUGGAAGGAGUCAGGAUCUAGCUGUCUGUGACAGCUACAUCAGCAAAGUGGACGUGUUGAAUAUUUUGGUUGCUGCUGCCUACCAUCCAAUACCAUCUUUAGAUCAGAUUCUUCUCCCUGCAGCAGUAACGAGAUUAAGAAAUCAGCUUCUGGAAGCAGAGUACUAUCAACUAGCUAUAGAGGUUUCUACAAAAUCUGGGUUGGAUCCAGGUGGAGCAUGGCAUGCCUGGGGCAUGGCUUGCCUUAAAGCUGGAAAUUUAAGUUCAGCAAGAGAGAAGUUUAACCGAUGUUUAAAGCCACCUAUGGAUCUAAACCAGCUGAAUCAUGGUUCAAGGCUGGUUCAGGAUGUGAUACAGUACCUGGAGUCCACAGUGAAGCCAAUACUCAUUGCGGAUGAUGAUUACUUUGCCACAUUGAGGGAACUUGAAGCAACGCUGAGAACAAGAAGUCUGUCUCUGGAAAUGAUGUAUGAGGGCAAGAUUCAACACAACAGCUACUAUCAAGAGUGCUUAUUCUAUUUACAUAGUUAUGGCACUAAUCUGGCAAUAAUAAGCUUUUACAUGAGGCAUGACUGUAUGAGAGAAGCACUGCUUCACUUGUUAAAUAAGGAAUCCCCAUCAGAAGUGUUCAUUGAAGGAGUCUUCAUACCAAGUUAUGAAAGUGGAAAACUGCAUAUGUUGGAGAACCUGCUGGAAACCAUUGAUCCAGGAUUGGAGAGCUGGGGAGUGUACUUGAUUGCAGCCUGCAAAUAUUUGCAGAGAAAGAACUACUACCAUAUUCUGUAUGAACUGCAGCAGUUCAUGAAGGAUCACAUUCGUGCUGCUAUGACCUGCAUUAGAUUUUUCACUCAUGGAGCGAAGUCUUACACUGAACUGGGAGGCAAACAGACAUGGCUUCUAAAGAUCAAGGACCAUCUCAAAGUCUAUCUGCAGGAGGUCUCAAGAAGUUCAGGAAGGAAAAAAAUGGCAUGCACUUUUCGGAAGAAAAUGUCUGCGACUGAUGUGUCAAGGCAUAUCAAUACUGUUGAUCUGCAGAUGGAAGUAACAAAGUUUCUGCAUCAGUGUGAGAGCUCAGGAACCUCUCCUAUGACAGGUUCCUCCUUGCCCACUCUCUUUGGAAAUAACAACAUGAAAAUGGAAGUUGCUUGCAAGGUCAUGUUGGAAGGCAAAAACAUUGAGGAGGGGUUUGGAAUUGCAUUUAGAGUCCUUCAGGACUUCCAGCUGGAGGCUACAGAAGUGUACAGCAAAGUGGCCAAGCAGCUGGUGAAGCAGCAGAAGUAUAAUGAGAUCCGGCAGCUCCUCAAGUGUGUCAGUGAGUCUGGAGUCGCCGCAAAAAAUGAUGGGGAUAACAUUAUCCUAAGCUGUCUAAAUGAGUUCAAGAACAUUCCUGCUGAGGAUCUUGAUAAUCUGAUUCAGGAUAUGGACAGCGAUGAAAACAAGAUCCAGGCUUACGUGAUGUGCAACAAGUUGCGUUCUGCCUAUCUAGUCUCAGUGAGACAAGAGAAGACCAGAGCAGUGCAGCUAGUCCAGCAUGUGCGACAGCUGGCAGAGAUCAGUGGAGAUGACGUGGUGAAGGCCAUCUGUGCCCAGUGGCUCUCAGUGCACCAGCCAAAAGUGAAAAAUCGGCUUCCCCAGGGCACUAGGAAGUAAUAAGUAACUGAUAUUCAACAUCAUACAGAAGAAGGAAGACUUCAAGACAGCUUAAAG